AUGGCGGACGAGGAUUUCGAGAUUGACGUCUAUGGUGACGCGAACGAUGCGAAUGACUCCAACACCAAUGUGGAUGCCGAUGAUUCUAGACUCGAUGAUUCGAAUAAUCAUGCUUAUGAAAACAACUCUUCUAUAACUAUUGCCAACGGCUCUAAUUCGGAAUCUACCACACACGCACACAACGACGAUUACGACAACGACCAACAAAACAUGGAUGCCCAAAGUAGUAGCGCGACACCCACCACGUCAUAUCCGCAAGGCGUCAAGCGUAAGGAGGUGUCCGGCGGCAACAGACCUGUCGAUCCAGGUGCUACCAGUGCCCUGUUGCUCUCGGAACUUCAAUGGUGGACCACGGACGACGAAAUCCGCGGCUGGAUUCGACAAGCCUCCUGCGAGGACGAACUGAAGGAUAUUACGUUCAGUGAACACAAAGUUAAUGGUAAAAGCAAGGGUCAAGCCUAUAUCGAAUUCGCCUCGAAAGAAGCCGCCACCGCUUCUAAGCACCAAGUAGAGCACGCUGCUGCCACGUCCACUCAGCCAGGUGGCAAGAAAGUUACGGUCAUAUAUACGUCGCAUACAAGCAACCCAUUCAAGACUUUACCAAAGGAUGCGCCUGCCCGAGCCAACAAGGACGGGCAAACCCGAGGAGGUUCUAAUGUGGGAGGUUACAAUGAUCGCGGCAAUUUUAGAGGACGUGGUAACUUCGCCGGGCCCCGUGGAGGAUUCAACCGCAACUUCUCAAGCAAUAUGGGAGGCGGCUUCCACAACAAUGUUCCUAGCGGAUUCAAUAACAACAUGGGCGGAGGAAACUUCGGUUUUAACAACAUGGGAGGCGGUGGCGGCGGCGGCGGCGGCUUCGGCUUCCGUGGUGGAAUGAUGCCCGGAGGAGCUAUGGGAGGAAUGCGUGGUGGUGGUAUGCGCGGUGGCCGAGGUGGAGGUGGAAUGAAUCCUGGUAUGAACGCCGGCAUGAACAACGGUAUGAUGGGCGGAAUGGGUGGAAUGGGCAUGCCUUUAAUGGGCUUCCAGCAGCCGGCACAUUUCAACCCGGCCUUCUUCAGCGGCAACCAGCAGCAAUCCGAGUGGCAGAACCCCCACGGAGCGAAGCGACCGCGCGAAAACUAA